ACUUCAAACUGACGCAGGAGACCUUUAUAAAUUUGUGUCGCUCUCCGCUCCUCUGUCUGACUUCGUUUUCCCUCUUCUUCUGUGCUGCUCACCGGAAAAGACUGUCUCCGACGAAGCUUCUUUUCUAGAUAUCCGACCUCGGCUCGUGCUCAUGGCUACCUUUGGUGCGGCGGCUACCACGAACACUAACCCUAAUAAAUCCUAUGAGGUUACCCCAUCACCCGCAGAUUCUGUUUCGAGCUUAAGUUUUAGUCCAAGAGCCGAUAUACUUGUGGCCACUUCAUGGGACAAUCAGGUGAGGUGUUGGGAAAUAUCUCGUAGUGGAACUUCUCUAGCCAGUGCUCCAAAAGCAUCAAUAUCGCAUGAUCAGCCGGUCUUAUGUUCUGCUUGGAAAGAUGAUGGAACCACAGUCUUUACUGGAGGAUGUGAUAAGCAAGCAAAAAUGUGGCCCUUGUUGUCAGGUGGUCAACCUAUAACUGUAGCCAUGCACGAUGGUCCUAUUUCAGACAUGGCCUGGAUCCCGGGAAUGAAUCUCCUCGUAACUGGAAGCUGGGAUAAAACUUUGAAAUAUUGGGACACAAGACAGCAAACUCCUGUGCAUACCCAACAGCUUCCAGAUAAAUGCUAUGCAUUGUCUGUGAAACAUCCUCUGAUGGUUGUCGGAACUGCAGAUAGAAAUUUGAUAGUCUUCAACUUGCAAAAUCCUCAGACGGAGUUCAAGAGAAUUUCUUCCCCACUCAAGUACCAGACGAGGUGUGUUACUGCCUUUCCUGAUCAGCAAGGAUUUUUGGUUGGUUCAAUUGAGGGGCGGGUCGGUGUCCAUCAUCUGGAUGAUUCUCAACAGAGCAAAAACUUCACAUUCAAAUGCCACAGAGAUGGCAAUGAGAUAUAUUCUGUGAACUCUCUGAAUUUCCACCCGGUACAUGGCACUUUUGCCACUGCUGGCUCCGAUGGUGCUUUCAAUUUCUGGGACAAGGAUAGUAAACAAAGACUCAAGGCCAUGUCAAGGUGCAAUCAGCCGAUUCCUUGCAGUUCGUUUAAUCAUGAUGGGUCGAUAUAUGCGUAUGCGUCGUGCUAUGACUGGAGCAAAGGUGCAGAGAAUCACAACCCGGCAACUGCGAAAAGCAGCAUUUUCUUGCAUCUCCCACAGGAAAGUGAGGUUAAGGCGAAGCCAAGAGUAGCAACCGGCAGAAAAUGAGAUAUUGCUAUAAUGAGUCGGCUGAUUUUUUCCUAGUGAUCUGUCGUGUUUUUUUUUUUAGGUUCUUGAUAUCGUUGGACGUUUGAAUAUCCCAUAUAUAAUAGAUCUGAGUCUUGUUUCGUCAUGUAAAAGUAAAUCCUCCCGUCUUUCUCAGAUGUUUCUCUCGUUUGGCUCAAUAUCGAGUUGUUUCUCCUUUUAGGCUCACUUAGGGAAUUAUUUUGUCAAGACUUCUCUAAAACAUAAUGAGUUUUUUUUCCCUACAA